AUGUCCGACUCCCCUCAAUCUCCUCCAAAGGAUGUCGACCAAGGUGCACAGUCACCCGACGAGGAAGGACAAAUGAAUGAUAACCAGGAACCCCACUCGGCCGGAGGGACUGGCUACGAGUUUGAAGGUGUCAAGGAGCAAGACCGGUGGUUGCCUAUAGCCAAUGUUGCUCGAAUCAUGAAGAAUGCCCUUCCGGACAAUGCCAAAAUAGCCAAGGAAGCCAAGGAGUGCAUGCAGGAGUGUGUUAGCGAGUUCAUCUCCUUCAUCACCAGCGAAGCUUCCGAAAAAUGCCAACAGGAAAAGCGCAAGACGGUCAAUGGGGAGGAUAUUUUAUUCGCCAUGACGUCUCUGGGGUUCGAGAACUACGCGGAGGCUCUUAAGGUGUACCUGUCAAAGUACCGCGAGCAACAAAAUCAGUCGAACCGUGACCGCGUGUUGGAGAACAACACCACCUGGGGGAAUGCCAUGAUCCCCGGCGAAAAGACUGAGCCUGGCACAACCGGUCCCGAAUAUGCACAGCCCGAAGGAGCGAAUCCCGCCGAAGGCGGUGCCGAGCCGAACUACAUGUACACUUCUCAUGCUAGUCACAACGGAGCUGGUGCUGGGGAGAGCUAUUAG